CGCAAUGGUGUUCUCGUUCGUGCCGAAGACAAGGCCAGAGACCCAUCUUCUUCGUCGACUCAACCACCUCCUCCCCAACCAAAGUCCGACAAACAGCUUCAGAAAUGUGUCACGCACAUGUUAAGCUGCUUAGGCACCAAAGGAAACAUGCACUAACCACCAAAAGCAAGACAUGCCGUAUAUAGGAAAGUACUACCCUAACUAUUUUCCUGGAACUUUCCCAUUUGGUUCCUUGUUGAGAAAAUCUCUUCUCUUGUUUAACUAAACAACUUCCCUUGAACUGUUACUUAGUCAUCUACCGUGGAGCUGACCUCGUCAUCUGGAGAAUGCGAUCCCCUCUGUUCAGUAGAUGAAAUGAGCUCACAAGAUUUCGAGGCCGCUUACCAGCCAAAGACUGAUUUGCUGAAAGCUCUUGCAAUAUUUGCAGCAGCUGCAACAGGGGCAGCGGCAAUUAAUCUUGUGAGCUCGUUUCAUCUUGUGAGCACAUGUUAAGCUGCUGAGGCACAAAAGGAAACAUGCACUAACCACCAAAAGCAAGACAUACCAUAUAUAGGAAAGUACCGCCCUAACUAUUUUCCUGGAACUUUCCCAUUUGGUUCCUUGUUGAGAAAAAAAUCUCUUCUCUUGUUUAACUAAACAAUUUCCCUUGAACUGUUACUUAGUCAUCUACCAUGGAGCUGACCUCAUCAUCUGGAGAAUGCGAUCCCCUCUGUUCAGUUGAUGAAACGAGCUCACAAGAUUUCGAGGCCGCUUACCAGCCAAAGACUGAUUUGCUGAAAGCUCUUGCAAUAUUUGCAGCAGCUGCAACAGGGGCAGCGGCAAUUAAUCAUUCCUGGGUUGCUGCCAAUCAGGAUGUUGCUAUGGUGUUGCUAUUUGGAAUAGGAUAUGCAGGCAUAAUUUUUGAAGAAUCUCUUGCCUUCAAUAAAAGUGGAGUAGGACUAUUGAUGGCUGUGAGUUUAUGGAUUGUCCGAAGCAUUGGGGCCCCAUCAACUGAUAUAGCUGUUUCGGAGUUAUCACAUGCAUCUGCUGAAGUCAGCGAAAUAGUGUUUUUCGUGCUUGGUGCAAUGACCAUCGUGGAAAUAGUUGAUGCUCAUCAAGGAUUUAAGCUAGUGACUGACAAUAUAACUACUCGAAAGCCACGGACUCUCCUUUGGGUGAUUGGUUUUGUGACCUUUUUGCUUAGUUCAGUCCUUGACAACCUGACCUCCACGAUUGUCAUGGUUUCUUUGUUGCGGAAACUAGUACCUCCAUCGGAAUACCGAAAGAUUCUUGGGGCUGUUGUUGUGAUCGCAGCAAAUGCUGGUGGUGCAUGGACUCCUAUUGGUGAUGUCACCACUACUAUGUUAUGGAUACAUGGUCAAAUAUCCACGUUGCAGACGAUGAAGGACUUGGUUAUACCUUCCGCUGUUUCUCUGGUUGUCCCACUGGCUUUGAUGUCCUUUACUAGUGAAGUUAACGGGAAGGAGCAGGACUCUUCCAGUGUUCUGGCAUCCGAACAGGUGGCCCCUCGGGGACAGCUUGUUUUUUCUGUAGGCAUUGGAGCUUUGGUGUUUGUCCCUGUGUUCAAGGCUUUAACAGGGCUACCUCCUUACAUGGGUAUGCUGCUUGGGCUUGGAGUUCUUUGGAUCCUGACAGAUGCUAUACAUUAUGGUGAAUCUGAAAGACAACGAUUGAAAGUACCACAGGCUUUAUCACGCAUUGACACUCAAGGAGUACUUUUUUUCCUUGGAAUCCUUUUGUCUGUCAGCAGUCUAGAGGCAUCAGGAGUUCUCCGGGAAUUGGCAAAUUAUCUUGACGCUCAGAUUCCAAAUGUUGAACUGAUUGCAAGUGCAAUAGGGGUUGUGUCUGCAAUCAUAGACAAUGUUCCGUUGGUUGCAGCAACAAUGGGAAUGUAUGAUCUCACCUCCUUCCCCCAAGAUUCCGAGUUUUGGCAGUUGGUUGCGUAUUGUGCUGGCACAGGUGGAUCCAUGCUGGUUAUUGGCUCUGCAGCUGGAGUUGCAUUUAUGGGUAUGGAAAAGGUGGAUUUUUUUUGGUACUUACGGAAGGUUAGUGGUUUUGCUUUCGCUGGUUAUGCUGCUGGUAUAGCUGCAUAUUUGGCAGUUCAUAAUCUCCACAUCUCCAUCCCCACAACUCUAGCUCAGGCACCGUUCCUUUCCGGUUCAUAAAUGGUAUUGCAUCAAGAGGGGCAGUAGCCGGCAGAUGUAGCCAUACGCAUUUGUUUGAUCUAAAUGGCAAAAAUGUUGGGAAACUGAAAGUUAUAUGUACAAAACCCUAUCUAGAAACAACAGAAGCUUGAUGGAGGGAUGGUGAUAUUAGUUAGAUUGAUUAAGAAAAGAGAGGGUUAAUUAGAUUGAUGCCCCAUAUAUUUUACAUCAUGAUGCCUUCUAUUGAAAAUGUAAUUUUUGAUCGUAGUUGAAUAAAAAUCAUUUUGCCAGCACAACUGGAAUGGUGAAAUGUUUCCCGCAGUAGAUUUAUCUUUCUGAAUGUAUAGAGGACCUAAUGGAAAACUCCUUUGGUUAA